GUUACUUGUUAUUGUUGUGAAGUAAUUAACUUUUGAAUUGACUUACGUUUAGCUGUUUGUUUUGUUUACGACAUGCGUGAUGGAUUCUAUACGCGAAGCGACCUCGGUGGGCGGAGCUGUGUGGGCGGGGAUGGCAGCUGGCGCUGAGGAGGCUCCCGGUCGCCGGCCCUCCCUAGCAUCCCGCCACCGCGGCCGUUCUGUAGUCGAUCACUGAGCCAAACGCCGUGGUCCACCUUCAGAGGAAAACAUCUUGGGCAUCUUCAAGGAUGAGCACGUACACGGUGUCACUUCCCGGACCCGGACCUUGGGGGUUCCGGCUGCAGGGCGGGAAGGACUUCAACAUGCCGCUGACCAUCUCCAGGAUCACGCCGGGCAGCAAGGCGGCGCAUGCCAACCUGGUCCAGGGCGACGUCAUCGUGGCCAUCGACGGCGUCAGCACAGAGGGUAUGACGCACUUGGAAGCCCAGAACAAGAUCAAGAUGGCCAACUACAACCUGGCGCUCACCAUGUCUAAGUCCAAGCGUCCUGUUGUCAUGCCGACACCGAGAAUCGACGCCGCCAUUCCCAUGAUCCCUCACCAGCAGGUUUUCACCCCCGCGCCUCCCAACGCCAGCUUCAACGCCAGCGUGAUGAAGGACACGUCCGUCUCCACCCACAAGCACAUUGAGGUGAAGGGCCCGGGAGGCAAGGCCACCAUCAUCCACGCCCAGUACAACACGCCCAUCAGCAUGUACUCGCAGGACGCCAUCAUGGACGCCAUCGCGGGACAGACCAUGACCAAGGGCCAUGAAGCUGGUCCACCGCUGUCCAAAGACCGCCUUGUAGACAGCGCCUCCCCGGUCUACCAGGCCGUCCAGAGUGCACAGAAUGACCAAGACGAGGGCGAAUGGGGUCGCCGCAGUGCCAACGUGCAGUCCAAGUCCUUCCAAGUCCUGGCCCACAUGACGGGAACCGACUCCUUCACAGAGGAGGAGAAGGAGGAGGAGGUUAGGAGGAGCAGCCCUACUGAGCAUGCUCCAACAUCUGUUGGCCCCGCCCCUGCUGCCAUAUGGCCUCUGGAACACGCCUACUUAACGCAUGACCUUCACAGCCAGUUCGGUCAGCCCCCCGCCAUGCCUCCUGCUCAGCAGGCCCCGCCCCCUCAGCCGUACCAGCAACCCCCCGCCCAGCAGGCCCCGCCCACCCAGCAGAGCUCCAUCCAGAUACCCGUCGGCUCGGCCCCGCCCAAGGUGAUCAGCACCGCCUGCAUCUACCCCUCCCAGCCAGCUCAGGUUCCGCCCCAGCCGCGACCUCACCCCGCCGCCCCGCCUCAGCCCGGUCCCGGCGCCGCCUCCAACCGACCCCCCUGGGUGACCGACACCUCCUUUGCAGAUAAGUUUGACCCCGGCAAGACCACCACCACCACCACCGUCGUCAAGGCGCCGCCGCUGCCUCAGGCCGCGCCUCCUCCGCCGCCGUACAUCCCCAACCCUUCCCCUGCUGCCCCCAGCCCCGCCCCCGUCACUCCCAGCCCCGCUCCUUUCAAUCCCAGCCCCGCUCCCUUCCCGCCUGUGGCCAGAGGCGUGGCCCAAAGGGCGGAGAGGUUUGCUGCCAGCAGCCGCACGCCACUCUGCGGCGCCUGCAACAGCAUCAUCCGGGGUCCCUUCCUGGUGGCGCUGGGCCGCUCGUGGCACCCCGAGGAGUUCAACUGUCACUACUGCAACAUGUCGCUGGCUGACGUCAGCUUCGUGGAGGAGCAGAACAACGUUUACUGCGAGAAAUGCUACGAGGAGUUCUUCGCCCCCACCUGUGCACGCUGCAGCACCAAGAUCAUGGGGGAAGUGAUGCACGCUCUGAGGCAGACGUGGCACACAACCUGCUUCGUGUGCGCAGCCUGCGGAAAAGCCUUCGGAAACAGCCUCUUCCACAUGGAGGACGGAGAGCCGUACUGCGAGAAAGAUUACGUGGCGCUGUUCAGCACCAAGUGUCACGGCUGUGACUUCCCGGUGGAAGCUGGAGAUAAGUUCAUCGAGGCUCUGGGUCACACCUGGCAUGACACCUGCUUCGUGUGCGCGGUUUGUCACGUCAACUUGGAGGGUCAACCUUUCUACUCCAAGAAAGACAAACCUCUGUGCAAGAAGCACGCUCACGCCAUCAACGUGUAACCUGGCGACAAGCACGCUGCUGCUCUUCACUGUUACACGCGUGUGCAAAAAAAAAAACCACACACACACACAACGUUUUGCUUUGAGACACCACAAACUUUGUUUUUCUGCUCAGUCUGACCUGAAAGCCGACAACGUGGAACACUUCAGGCUGCGAAAAGCAACUCACGGGUGACUGGAGAAAAUAUCCCAACCUUUUUACACACACCUGAACUAACCACGGACUGCCCCUCAAGGCUGGAUGGAUAACAUGCUCUACAUACAUUAUUAUUAUUAUAUUUAUUAUUAUUAUUAUCAUAAUGUAUUUAUGUAUAAAUAAUUUAUUUAUAAUCUACAUACAUUAUUAUUAUUUUUAUUAUUUAUUUAUUUAUGUAUAAUUAAUUUAUUUAUAUUCUACAAACAUUAUUAUUAUUUUUCAAAGUGUCAUUGAAUUAAUUCAUUUAAAACAAUUUUAUAUUCAACACACAAUUAUUUAAAAUAAAAACUAAAAACAUGAAAAACACUAAAUAAUUACGGUAUCUAAUAUAUAUAUAUAUUA